AUGUCCCCACCUCUUCUUCUGCAGGUGUCUAAAGCGGCAGCAGACCUGAUGAGUUACUGUGAGCAGCACGCUCGUAACGACCCUCUGCUGGUCGGGGUUCCCACCUCCGACAACCCUUUCAAGGACAAGAAGCCCUGCAUCAUCCUAUAGCCGCCUUCUGACAUCACACACACACACACACACAACACACACACACACACACAACACACACACACACACACACACACACACACACACACACACACACACACAUUUAUAUACACUUGUGCACAUACAGGCACAUAUAAAUGCACACAUUCAAUACUUAAAAUGAUCCUCAAACUCAUGCAAGCACACAUUUCAAGCCUACAAACACAUACAGAAACACACACACACACACACACACACACACUCCAAAAAUAGCCACUCUGGAAAAGCGCCAUACUCCGGAGCCACAGCUAGGGGGCAGGUAUCUCGUUCUCUUGGUGGCUGAGAUCAGUAUAUCGCUGAGUAUGAUCCAAGGUGCUUUUGGUUAUAUUCACAUAUGCUGGUUAAUUAACUACAAGUGUCAGCUUAACUUUGAAAGGGAUUUGGACAUUAUUUAUCAGUAAGAAAACCGGAUUUCUUUCCUUCUUUUGUCAAAAAAUGAAGGGGUUGUUUAAAGGAUGGACUGCAGUGCCAUAGGCGAGGAGUGGGAGGAUGCAUGUUGGCAAUAGAAAUUAACGGUUGGCGCUCCCAAACAGGGAGUUAAAACCGGCCUGAGAGCUUUGCCUACAAACCUAUUGUGCUAAAUCAUGGCGGGUAAUUUCGGAGCAAGUGGCUGAAGCCUUUGCCUUUUUCAAACUAGCAUGUUCCCAUCCAACAGACCUCUGCCUGUGGCCUCACUGCGGCCGUCUGCAGCCUUUGGCAACACCUCCAGCUGUGCCAACCUGUGCAGAAUGUCGUCCCUAUGUGCUGAUCUGAUGUCACCGUUUUCACUGCGGUUCAAUAUGGCUGCUGUUGGUUGAGAUCAAAGUCUAACGUGACGUCAGAUCUGCAGCAGAACAUAGUUACAAAAACUCAAGCUAUUAACCCUGGACGCUUACUGCAAUUUUCUUAAGAAAUACUUGUUUGUGUACUACAUGUAUGUUGCGAUAUUUUGUUGAAGCAUUACUUAACAGAUAAAUAUAAUACUUUAUUUUAAUUAUUGGUUUGCUUUGACAUAGGUGUUGCCCCUGGCUGGUCACGUUUCUCUUCCUGUUUGAGGCUAGAUGCUACUAUUAAUCAAACAACAAGGAGAUCUAGUUGUCAGCCAGGGGUAUCACCUAUAAGCAGAUAACAGAAGUAUCUUAAUCUAGCCGCCCUGUGCUUUACCCCGAGGUCGCACACUGACCACACCUUUACAGUCUGCAAGGACUGCAUGGCUGGAGGGGAAAACCCAAACUGAAAAAGUAAAUGCUGUCUUAAAACGUUUAGAUUAACCUUUCCCUUUCCUGCCUUCUUCACUUAUGUUUGUGUGUUUGAAUUGGCAGUUUUUAUAAUGUUAAUGGAUGGAAAAGAAGAGACAUAAUGCAUUGGAUAGUGAACAGAUAAAGGUCUUUGCUUUGUUUGCAUCUACAGUAGAGGAAGAGGGUACCACAGUACAUCAUAACAACCUGGCUAAACCAGUCUGAGAGUUUGGGGUCAGAGGCUGGGUCGGUACACGGUUUCCUCUGUCCUCCUCUCCUCCACAAUGCUCCUUUCUCUGACAAACCAAACGUGAUUGUAAAAGCUGAAGUUGAAGUGAAAGAAAAAAUGAAGUAAAGAGAAACAAACUAACUGUAUAAACUUUAUUUCAGACAUGUGCAGAAGUGAUACAUUGAAGAGUAGCUGUUUUGGGUUUAUUUGUGAGUUUCUUCUUUCUAUGGAGUCCAUGGAGCCUGGUGAGUUGAGUAGUUCCCUGUACAGUGUUUGUAAGAUACACAAUCGAGACACAGAACCUCCCUCUCUGGAUGUUGGACUUUUUUUUUUAGUUCUACUUUUUCUGUUCGGUCAGUCACAUAUCUGUCUUCAUUUCUUCUUCUUUUUCUCAUUCAGGAUUUAGAGGCUUGGGAUAGUUGAGGAUUGUUUAAACCAUAGAUACAAAAACAAAACAUCUGAUAGAAACAAAACAACUGUUAGGUUUAUUAUCGGGUCCUGUUAGAGGAUGAACCAACAUCUGACCUCUUUACAGUGGCAAAAACCAACCUCCUUUAACACCGGAGCAGCAACGUUGUUCUCAAGUGUUGGUUAUGGUCGGCAUUUAGGACAACACACACUCAUCCGCAUAACACACUCUCUUGCUGUUGUUGUUUUAGGUUCGAUUGCCCGAAGUCAAAGCUUAAAGGAGCACUAAAUGACACGUGUUGCUUUUGAUGCUUGAUCCCUGAAAAGAUGUGUGCAAUCAUAUUUACAUUGGAGCAUUUAGCCGAGGCUUUUGUCAGCUGUAACGUACAAGGCUUACGACUGCUGAUGAAUCUCAGGGGAGUUGAAUCGACUGCUUUUUUCUGUUAGGCUAUUCGAUCAUGAGCCUCCUGCUGAGUUUUUAUUCGAAGCGGUGCGAACUGUUGAGCAGUGUGCACAGAGACAAAGUAGGCAGGGGGCACCUUUUAGACAGAAUUAAAUGAUUAUGAGGUACCCUUGACAAAUCUUUGAAUGUGUCUUGAAAGGAAUAGCAUGUAUGUGCAUUUGAGUGUGUGUUUUUGAGAGACACACAGUGUGUAAGAAGGCACAGUAUCUCCACGUAAUGAUGUUUCUGUCGCUCAGCCCUCCAAUGGCAGGUCAGUCCGACCUGAGCAGAGGACACGUUGUGCAACAUGUACGGCCUCCUCUCACUCAGAUGCUACUGUGCUCAUCGCUAAGAAUAGUAAAGAAGGGCCUUGUAAGAAUAUACAAUAAUGGGAAGCUAUUUUUAAUGUGAUGACCAAUAAU